AUGGCUUCAUCAACUCUCGUUCUACCGGCGACAUCGCCGGAUUUGCACAAAACCACUACGCCCAUCACUACCACAGCACCUGUCGUUGAAGAUGACGAGCAAUCAAUCCACACAAUCGAUGAUCUUCUACGACAUCGAGCCUCCGGAAGCAAAGGCAACGAUCCCAUCGUUGCGUAUCCAUCGCAUGGCUCCGAAUAUACUUACUACACCCCUCAACAGCUACACGCCCUAGUCGAAGCGGCCUCCAUCGAGUACUCUCGAGUCAUCCCACAGCGUCGCACAUCCACCGACCCUGUACAGGUCGUCGGUUUACUUGGCCCUUCAGACUUUGAGUACCUGAUCACACUUCUCGCCGUGUCUCGACUAGGGCACACCGUGCUUCUGCUGUCGACUCGUAUCGCCGAGGAUGCCUACGUCAGUCUCGUCGAAGUCACAAAAGCCUCGUUCCUCAUCUCUUAUCCGAGUUUCGACACCAUAGCCCAGAACGUCAGCAAACGGACCGGAAUCGUCUUGCAGCCGGUCCUAGCUCGCGAGAACUACAUCCAGCACUUGGAGAGCGGUUCCAGGCUGCCUCCAGCUCAAUUAGACGGCGCUAUUGAAGCCAAACACAUUACCUGGGUUAUCCAUUCCAGUGGCUCCACCGGCCAUCCGAAGCCCAUCUAUCAGACCCAUUCCGGAGCCCUGAAGAACUACGCAAACAACUUCGGCCUCAAGGGCUUCAUCACCUUGCCUCUUUUCCACGCGCAUGGAAUCAGCUGUCUCUUCCGCGCCAUGCACUCGCAGAAGUUGAUCUACAUGUACAAUGCUGACCUUCCCUUAACGAGCUCCAACCUUCUUACCACACUCCGGGAUCAUCCGGAAAUCGAGGUCCUCUAUGCAGUUCCCUAUGGGCUGAAGCUACUCUGUGAGACGGAAGAGGGUCUGAAAAAGCUAGCCCAGCUGGAGCUGGUGAUGUUCGGGGGCUCGUCAUGCCCCAAGCCCAUUGGGGACAAGCUGGUCCAAAAUGGGGUCCGCCUGGUCUCCCACUACGGUACCACCGAGACCGGCCAGCUGAUGACCUCCUUCCGGGACCGCUCAGACCUUGACUGGGAUUACGUCCGUCCAGGGCCGUCACUCCUGCCAUACCUGCGCUGGGAGGAGCAUAUGCCUGGGAUCUAUGAGCUGUGUGUGUUAGAAGGCUGGCCGUCCAAGGUCGCAAGCAACCGUCCCGACAACUCCUACGCUACCAAGGACCUCUUUGAAAAACACCCAACCACACCGAAUGCGUGGCGAUACUACGCACGACUGGAUGAUACCUUGGUGCUGGAGAAUGGCGAAAAGGCCAACCCCCUGGUGAUUGAGGGUGUGGCACGAAACCAUUCCAUCAUCGGCGAAGCGAUCGCGUUCGGCGCCAAUCGGCCACGGCUGGGCCUGUUUCUGAUCCGGGCUGAAGGCUGUACAUCCAUGUCGGAUGAGGAGGUCAUCGAGACGGUGUAUCCGGCCAUUGAGAAAUGCAAUGCCGAAUCACCUGGAUAUGCCUAUAUUUCCAAGGACAUGAUUCGCGUCCUGCCUUCGGAUACGGAGUAUCGGAAGACUGAUAAAGGUACUGUCAUCCGUUCGGCUUUUUACCGCGACUUCCAAGAGCACAUCAACCAGGUGUAUGAUAAGGAAGAUGCCAGCGGGGACCAAGUCCUGGAGGGAGCAGAGUUGAUCGCCUAUUUGCGGAAGAGCCUCCUCGAGGUGGCUUCCAUCGAGCCUUUGGCCCUCGAAGACGACACUGAUAUCUUCAGCUUGGGCGUGGACAGUCUGCAGUCAAUUCGCCUGCGAAGCAUCAUACUGAAAACGCUCGAUCUGGGUGGUCAAAAGCUUUCGCAGAACUUCGUCUUCGAGUACCCUUCCUUGGAGGGCAUGGCCAAGGCGCUGACCAGGCUGCGCCUGGGACAGGCUCCUCACGAGGAAGAGCCAGUCGAGGAAAGAAUGGCCAGGUUGAUUGAGAAGUACAGCUACAACUUCAAGACGCAUGAGGUCGUUAACCGUGGAGAUGAUGGUGAGCACAUCAUUGUGACCGGGAGUACAGGCUCUCUGGGCGCCCACAUUGUGGCUCAGUUAGUCCAUUUGCAUCACGUCCGCACGAUAUACUGUCUCGUCCGGGCUGAUUCGCCCCUAUCUGCUAUUCAGCGGGUACGCCAGAGUUUACGGGCUCGAGGCUUAGCCCACAGCAUCAGCCCAGCAGAAGAACGAAAGAUUGUGGCUCUGCCGGCUGAUCUUUCCAACCCAGUCAGGCUAGGCCUUGACGAAACGGUCUAUCAGGAUAUCGUGAAGUCAUUGACGGCCGUCAUUCACUGUGCUUGGUCAGUCAACUUCAACUGGGCUCUGGAAAGCUUUGAGCAGAGUUGUAUCGCUGGCACCCGCAACUUACUCGAUGUCUGUCUGGAUGCUCGAGGACCUCGCCCGGCUAACUUUGCAUUCUGCUCGUCUGUCAGCACUGUUGCGCGUACACCCGGAAGCUGGGUAUCCGAAGAACUUCCACAGUCACUCAGUCAUGCACAGGGUAUGGGCUAUGCUCAGUCGAAGUUGGUUACCGAGCAUGUAGUCAACCGUGCUCGCAAGCAUACCGGCAUGAACGCCCGCGUUCUCCGUGUAGGACAGAUCGUGGCCGACACUCAGCAUGGAAUCUGGAACGCCACAGAAGCCAUUCCCAUGAUCUUCCAAACAGCAGAGACGAUCAAGGCUCUCCCCCAAUUGGAGGACAUUCUGUCCUGGACUCCAGUGGAUGUCGUGGCGACUAGUGUGAUCGAUCUCACCUUGGCCACUGAUGCAGCCGACGUAAUGAACGUCACCAGCCCAACUCUCCAUCACUGGACGCGUGACCUUCUUCCCUUGUUGAAGCAAGCAGGACUGGAAUUCGAAGAAGUUCCCAAGCGAGAGUGGCUACGUCGGCUGCGGAGCUCCAAUCCAGACCCAGAUAUCAACCCUCCGAUUAAGCUGGUAGAGUUCUUCGCGAGCAAAUACGAUAACGACGAGCCCAGUCGUGUGCUUCUUUACGACACUAAGAAGGCACAGUCCGCAGCUCCAGCUCUUCGUCAGCUCACGGGGCUAAGCCAGGAAUUCGUGACCCGGUUUGUGAACUAUUUCCGCCAGCAAUGCUGGUCCUCAUCAUCUGUGACGGCCAUGAAGCCGCGCGAAGUCAUCUUCCUUACGGGGCCCUGCGGCUGCGGCAAGAGCACCGCGGCGCGGCAUCUCGCCGAGAGAUUCGGCAUUCCCACCAUUGAGGGUGACGACCUGCAUUCAUAUAGCUCUCGACAAAAGAUGGCGAACAACGUCCCGCUCACGGACGAAGACCGCUGGGACUGGUUUGCGCAUAUCCGAGGAGCUGUGAUGGACCGCUUGCAACACACGGAUGCCCCCGUCCUUGCAGUCACCUGCUCUGCGCUUCGGACGGUCUAUCGGGAUGAAUUGCGCCGGUUGACCGGGCUGCUGGAGUACCCAGUAAAUGUGAACUUUUUGCUGCUGGAGAUUACGAAGGAUAAUCGGGAAGGACUGAGAGAGCGCAUCCUCGCUCGCUCAGCCAAGGAGGCGCACUACAUGAAGUCGGCCAUGGUGGACUCGCAACUGGAUAUUUUGGAGCCUCCUUCUUGGGCAGAGAGUGAUGUUGUGAUUUUGGAUGCUUCGCAGGACAAGGCGCAGGUGUUGCAUGAGGUGGAGGAGUUUGUACGGAAGAUUGAGUCUUAG